AUGUCUCAACUCUCGCCCGAUAUUCAUGCAGAGCUUUCGCAGCUUCUGCUAGCUUUGCAGUCCCCCGACAACAGCAACAGAUCCCAGGCCGAGGAGCACCUGCAGAACAACUGGACCGCCACUCGUCCCGAGGUUCUUUUGAUGGGACUUGCUGAACAGAUCCAAGCUGCUGGCGACAAUGCGACUCGCUCCUUCGCCGCCGUUAUCUUCCGGCGGAUUGCUUCCAAGACUCGCAAGAAUGAGGCUGGUGAGAGUCUUGACCUCUUCAUUUCUUUGACAAAGGACCAAGCCGCCGUCAUUCGCCAGAAACUCCUCGAGACCCUUGCGGCCGAGUCUGAGCGCCUUGUUCGCAACAAGAUCAGUGAUGCUGUGGCUGAACUGGCCCGCCAGUAUACAGAAAACGGUGACCUGUGGCCAGAGUUACUGGGUGCUCUUUUCCAGCUCAGCCAAGCCCCCGAACCCGAGAAGCGAGAAAAUGCAUUCCGAGUAUUUGCUACGACACCUGCAAUCAUCGAAAAACAGCAUGAGGAAGCUGUACUCCAAGCUUUCCAGAAAGGUUUCAAGGACGAGGCCGUUAUGGUCCGUCUUGCCGCAAUGGAGGCUUUUGCCGCUUUCUUCAGGACUAUAAGCAAGAAGGGACAGGCUAAAUACUACGCCCUUAUCCCCGAUGUUCUCAAUAUUCUCCCCCCGAUCAAGGAUUCCCAAGAUUCCGACGACCUCAGCAAGGCGCUCCUUGCCCUUAUCGAUCUCGCCGAGUCAGCACCCAAGAUGUUCAAGCCUCUUUUUCAGAACCUCGUACAGUUUAGCAUCUCCGUUGUUCAGGACAAGGAGCUCGACAACAUAUGCCGACAGAACGCCUUGGAACUUAUGGCUACCUUUGCCGAUUACGCACCCUCCGUCUGCCGAAAGGACCCCUCAUACACAAACGACAUGAUUACUCAGUGUCUCAGUCUUAUGACAGAUCUAGGCGAGGACGACGAUGAUGCAUCCGAAUGGAUGGCCUCGGACGAUUUUGACCAGGAUGAGAGCGACCAGAACCAUGUUGCUGGAGAGCAAACCAUGGAUCGCCUUGCGAACAAGCUUGGAGGACAGACGAUUCUUGCUCCCACGUUCAACUGGCUCCCCCGCAUGAUGACUUCUAUGGCUUGGAGGGAUAGACACGCUGCUUUGAUGGCUAUCUCGGCCAUUUCAGAAGGUUGCCGGGAUCUCAUGAUUGGUGAGCUCAGCCAAGUGCUUGAUUUGGUAGUUCCUGCGCUUCGAGACCCUCACCCUCGAGUUCGAUGGGCCGGCUGCAAUGCCCUCGGCCAAAUGAGCACUGAUUUUGCUCCCAAGAUGCAGACCGACUACUACGAUCGUGUCCUCAAGGCAAUCAUUCCUGUCCUUGACUCUCCUGAGGGUCGAGUCAAGUCUCACGCCGCUGCUGCCCUCGUUAACUUCUGCGAGGAGGCUGAGAAGUCAACUCUGGAGCCAUACUUGGACGACCUACUAUCGCACCUGUUCCAGCUUCUCCAGAACGAGAAGCGAUAUGUUCAGGAGCAGGCUCUUUCCACCAUCGCCACCAUCGCCGAUGCUGCUGAAGCUGCCUUUUCCAAGUAUUACGACACCCUCAUGCCUCUACUCGUCAACGUUCUGCAGAACCAGAGUGAGAAGGAGUACCGACUGCUGCGUGCCAAGGCCAUGGAAUGUGCUACACUGAUUGCUCUGGCAGUUGGUAAGGAGCGUCUUGGCCAGGAUGCCAUGACUCUUGUCGAACUCCUUGCCCAUAUCCAGGCCAACAUCACAGAUGCGGAUGACCCCCAAGCGCAAUACUUGAUGCACUGUUGGGGUCGCAUGUGCCGUGUUCUCGGCUCUGAUUUCCUCCCCUUCCUUCACAACGUUAUGCCACCCCUGCUGGAGCUUGCCAUGGCUAAGGCUGACAUCCAGCUGCUAGAUGAUGAUGAUCAGGUCGAGCAGAUGCAGAACGAGGAAGGAUGGGAGCUUGUUCCACUCAAGGGAAAGAUGAUUGGCAUCAAGACAAGUACUAUGGACGACAAGCACAUGGCUAUCGAGCUUCUGGUUGUAUACGCUCAGGUUCUCGAGGCUUCCUUUGCUCCCUACGUCGCAGAGAUUAUGGAGAAAAUUGCUUUGCCUGGUCUGGCCUUCUUCUUUCACGACCCUGUGCGAUACAUCUCUGCCAAGCUCGUCCCUCAACUACUGAGUUCAUACAAGAAGGCGUACGGUCCUCAGUCUAACGAGCUCCGUGGUCUAUGGACUGCCACUGUUGACAAGUUGCUCGAGGUCCUGACCGCAGAGCCCGCCAUUGACACUCUCGCAGAGAUGUACCAAUGCUUCUACGAAUCCGUCGAGGUUGUUGGAAAGGACUGCCUCUCCGCAGACCACCUUAGUCGCUUUAUCGAUGGAGUUCACUCUGCCAUUGAGGACUACAAGGACCGCGUUGCCCAGCGUGUGGAGGACAAGGAAGGAGCCACCGCUGACGACGUGGAAGACGAGGCUGAGGAUACUCUUAUGGCUAUCGAAGAUGAUCAAACAUUGCUCUCAGAUAUGAACAAAGCAUUCCAUGCCAUCUUCAAGAACCACGGCGCUGCGUUCUUGCCCGCUUGGGAGCGUUUGAUGAGCACAUAUGAGGGUUUCCUUGGAUCUGCCGAUCCUACUCAGCGCCAGUGGGGACUUUGCAUCAUGGACGAUGUCCUUGAAUACUGCGGUCCUGAGAGCACAAGAUAUGCUAACUAUAUCACUCAGCCUCUCAUUGAAGGCUGCCGAGAUCCUUCGCCGGCCAUUCGCCAGGCGGCGGCGUACGGUAUUGGAGUCGCGGCUCAUCGAGGCGGAGCCCCUUGGGCACAAUUCCUAGGUGGCUCAGUUCCAUUCCUGUUCCAAGUCACACAGGUGCCUGAUGCCCGUAGCGAGGACAAUGUCUACGCGACUGAGAACUCAUGUGCAGCGAUCGCCAAGAUUCUCCACUACAACGCCAGCACUGUUGCUGAGGUCCAAAACGUGAUCACGCAAUGGGUAGAGACUUUGCCUGUAACCAACGACGAGGAAGCAGCACCGUAUGCUUACGCCUACCUGGCUGAGCUGAUUGAGCAGCGAUACCCGGCUGUGGUAAGCCAGGCUGGCAAGGUCUUUGUUUUCAUCGCCCAGGCGCUGGAGGCAGAGACCCUCGUGGGACAAACAGCCAAUCGUGUGGCAUUGGCGACUAAGGGGCUCCUGACUACGACCGGCGUCGACCCUACGCCGCUUUUGCAGCAAUUCUCUCCCGAGUCGCAACGAACUAUCAUGGGCUUUUUUAACUAA